AUGAGUUUAGUCCCACAUCGCUUGUGUGCCGAAGUUUCGGGUGAAUAUAUAAUAAUAUUAUACUUGCAAGUAAGUUCUUUUCUCCCACUUAUAUGA